UACAUUUUCGUGAAUUGCGAAGCUUUUAAACACCUCUGAAUGGUCAUUUUAAAAAUAACGGUUUAUUUCAGAUGGAUAACAUUUUGAGUGGAAUUUUGGCAAUGUGAUACGAACCGUUGGCGACCGGAUGAACCCGAUGAACGGCUCCUAUGAAUCAGCUCAAGAAUUUUUGACUGCGCGCGAUGGGUUUCUCUUACCUGUGGUCUGCGGGUAGGCGUCGACGCGGCACGAUUCUCGAUAUAUCAGCUGGCCACGGGUACCUGCAGCUCCACUCUGUCUUUCUCUCGGUCGAAGAGAAUGAAGGUAAGACGAAGCGACACGCAAAGCCAGGAAAGUGCAUGCAGUGAUAUCGUUGAAGCAGUUUCUAACGAGCCUUACUGUGAAUAACAAGACCUACGAGACCCCUGAAGAGUUAGCAGGCUGCUGAUCGAGGAUGGCUAUGUCUAAGCAGGAACGACUGUACACCCCGAGUGAAUGGAGUAAACGAUAUGGAUCUGACGAACUGUGUGAACAAUUUUUCACAUUCUGCGCAAAAAUCACGGGAAAGGUUCAGAAAACUAUAAAAUGCGAACUUAAUGUUCCAUACGGCCCUACGGAACGUACAAAGUACGAUAUAUAUGGUACCGAUUUACCUGAAGAUGCACCAAUAUUUGUCUUCAUUCAUGGUGGAUAUUGGCAGGAAUUCAGCAAAGAUCUCAGUGGAUUUUCGGUACCCUUGUUUGUUGAAAACAAAAUCAAAGUAAUCAAUGUUGGAUACGAUCUGUGCCCAAAUGUCAAACUUGGAGACAUAGUAGCGCAGAUAAAAUCAGCGGUCGCGCAAAUAUUAAAAGAUGCAGCCGAAUCAGGCUCCAAAUACGUAUGCAUAGCUGGACAUAGUGCUGGUGCGCAUUUGGCUGCGACUCUGUUGCACGACGAAGACUGGAUCAACCGUAUGACGCAGCAAGGAUAUUUUGAACUGUUAAAGGGAAUCGUAUUAAUAGGCGGAAUUUAUAACAUAAAACCUCUUGUUGGUACCAGUUUUGCGACAGCCCUUCAUCUCACCGACGAGGAAAUUAAAGAAUGGAGUUUGUCCACCCUUGAUGAAACGGAAAAUCAUCAUAUCAGUGGCUUGAAAGUUAUCGUAACUGUAGGGGAAUGCGAUUCUCCUGUAUUUGUCAACGAAUCACGCGAAUACGCCCAAAAAAUUAUUUCUAUAGUGGAUAACGUGGAAUACCUGUUACUUCGAAACGAUAUCGACCACUUCGACAUAGUGGAGAAACUAUUGGAUUCAAACUAUUACCUUGCUAAAUUGAUAUUGAAGUGUCUUCGUCCCGAUGCGGAUACCCGUUAAAAGCUUAUGAAGCUAAAAUACUUAUUUUAAUACACUAUAUUCAAUAUAAAAUACACACAUACACACACACAAUUUGAAUUUAUUUAAUAAACUUUAUUAAGAAUUAUAUUAAUAUAUCAAUAUAUUGGCUUGAACCACAUAUGUGCUUUAUAUGAUAGGGAUAAUUAACAUCUAAAUUGAUCAGCUCAUAUUGGUUUUUAUGUAACAAUGAUCUAGAAAAACAGUUCUUACUCUAUGUUCGAGUCAUUUGGGUUUCGUUUUCGGCAAAUGUACAUUUAUUUGCUUCGAGACGGAUUGUCCUGCCGACUUUUUGGAAAUUAAAAUCGGCUUACCUUGCUGAAUAAUUCGUAA